AGGGCAAUACAGUUAUUAACCCACCAACCAAUAUUCCUCCUCCUGCUUCCUACAAGAACAAGAACAAGCAAAGCAAAAGCAAAGAAACACAGAAAACACAAAAAUGGUGGGAGAGAGACUUGGAGAGCGCAUAAAGGUGAGAGAAGAGCUUAUCAAGAAAGCUUGUUCUCUUUCUUUCAAAGCUCACAAGUCUCCUGGGAAGCCAUAUCUUCUUGAGAAAGUCCGCGGCAGAGCGUUGCCGGAGGUCAUUUUCGUCUUUUCAGGAUCAUGGUCUAUUGGUGAUUGGUUCAGUAGUACUAGUGGCAAGGCUUUUGGAGAAACUAAGGUUGAUCUGGAUUUGUUUCCUUCACUUAGGAAUAUCGGCAACGUCGAUGAAGUGGCCGCGGUCAACGAGGCAUUUUUUCGAAGAUUUGCGGAAAUUCUCCGGACAUCUUCGUUUAAAAACGAGGUGAAUAAAGCAGUGACAGACAAGAAGCAAAUAGUAUUUGCAGGCCAUUCCUCAGGUGCUGCAACAGCCAUUCUAGCAACCCUCUGGUUCUUGGACCAUAACCUUCAUGUUCAACCAAACAAAACUCAAAUCAUCACUCCCCUCUGCAUUACUUUCGGUUCCCCAUUACUCGGGGAUCGGAUCUUCCCCCACUCCCUUCGCCGCGAAAACUGGGACAACUUUUUCAUACACUUCAUCACCAAACACGACAUCGUCCCUCGCAUAACUCUCUCUCCCCCCUCCUCCAUCCAACAAGAUUUCCAAAAAUUUCUCAACAUUCUCAAAACAAAAUCUCCAAUCACCACACACGAAAACGUUUCCAACUUUUUCGUUACUGUAAUGAAGAAUGUACAAUCUGUUACAAGCCAUGCAGCUUGUAAUAUGAUGGGGUCCACAAAUCCGCUCCUCCAAACUAUUACUAGUUUUGUACAACUCAGCCCUUAUAGGCCUUUUGGAACCUAUAUUUUGUGUUCGGGGAAUGGAAAGCUUGUUGUGGUGGAGAAUUCUGAUGCAGUGCUGCAACUACUGUUUUAUAGUUGUCAGUUGAAGAGUGGACAGGAAAUCGAAGAGGUUGGUUAUGAGAGUUUGAAAGAACAUUCUGGAUAUGAAAAUGAAUUGGAAGGGAGUUUAGAAAUGCAAAAUGUGGUUUAUUUGGAUAAUUACUUGAAAGAGGUUCCUCUGUCUUCGGAUGCCAGUGUGGUUGGUGAGGCAGCCACUGUUAAUGCAGCCUUGAAUGAUCUCGGCCUGAGCACAAGAGCACGGUUGUGUCUUCGAGCUGCAGGAGAAUUACAAGAGCAAAAGCAGAGAAACGAAAGAAAGAUAAAUUCAAACAAAAAAGAGAUUGAAGAAAAACUCAAAAUCAUACAAGAUUACCAAAAAGGGUGCACACUCCGCAAGGUUGGAUAUUAUGAUACCUUCAAGAUACAGAAAGACGACAGGGACUUCCAUGCAAACGUCAGGAGGGUCGAGCUGGCGGGAUUGUGGGAUGAGAUUAUCGAAAUGUUAAAAAGGUAUGAACUCCCAGACGAAUUUGAGGGUCGAAAAGAGUGGAUAGAGUUGGGAACUAAGUACAGAAGAUUAGUAGAGCCUCUAGAUAUUGCAAACUAUUAUAGACACUCGAAGAAUGAAGACACCGGACCUUACUUGGUCAAGGCUAGGCCAAAACGCUAUCGAUACACACAAAGGUGGCGCGAACAUGCUGAGAGAAUGGCGCAAGGGUCCAGCUCUGAAUCGUGUUUUUGGGCUGAAGUGGAGGAACUAAAAAGUCGAAACAAACCAGAUGAAGACAUGGGAAAGAUUUUGGAAUUAGAGAAAGAUUUAUCUGCGUGGGUUGAACGUGGCGAGAUUGGCAGAGAUAUGUUCUUGGGUGAGUCGACAUUUGCCAAGUGGUGGAGAGAGCUCCCUGAGGGACAUAAAAGAGGAUCAUGCCUUGCUCAGUUUAUGAACAACUGAAAGAAAUUAAACUUUAAAUGUCAGGAUAGAGGUAUUGCUUAAAAAUAACUGUUAAAGAUUAUUUCAAACAAUUAAGCUCUGAAUGGUACUCUGCCUUUGUGACAUUCAUUUGAAAAUAAUGAGAUUUCUCUAGCUA